AUGAUGAUAACUACGAUGAUCCUGAUGAAUAAGAUUGUAAGGAAUUAGAUCUUUAUAUUCUUAGAUCCAAUCGGUGUCGGGGCUUAAUUUGACUUAGCUGAUUUUGAUGAAGAAAAUAUUCCUCACUAAAAGUAACCUUAGAAAUCUGAUAAAGAUCUGCCCAAAACUCAAAGCAACAAUGCUUUUAAAAAGAAAUAAUUUGAAGUAAAAUAGGAACAGUUUGAUGAUGAUGAAGAAGAUGAUAAUAGUGAUGAUGACAGAUAUAAAAGCAAAAAACCUCCUCCUAAAUAAAACAUACAAGCUUAGCAUAAUUUUAAGAAGAAGAUGCCAAAUCCAUUUAGCGACGAAGAGUCUGAGGAGAAGGAUAGAAAUAGUGAUAUGGAUUAAGUUUAUGAUAAGAAAAAACAAAUUAAAAAAGAUGAGUAAAAGUAAUAGCCCUUGAAAAGUAACAUGGAAAUGAGCAACUUAAAAUAUAAACAAGAACCAGCAAAGAAACACCAACUCAAGAAAGAGUCUUCGAAGGAGUCAUCUGAAUAUUCAUACAAGAGCAAGAAUAAGCAAGACAAUAAUAAUCUCUCAUUGAAGUAAUAGAAUAGCAAUAAGACUGAUAAUGAUCUAAAGCCUGAUGUACAAAGGAAAAUUUCAAAUUUAAGUAGUGGAUAAUAAAUUAAUCUGAACAAUAACUCAAUACUUAGCAAAAAGCCAGUAGGUUAACCGUAAAAGCGAUAUGGUGUAUAUCAUGAUGACGAUGAAGAAGAUGAGGAUGAUGCAGUAAGCCAAAAAUGGAGUAACUAAGACGAUAAUUACUCAAACAGAGGCAAACGAGCAGUAGCUCCAAUUACUAUUGAUAAGAAAAAUUCUAAUCAUAGUUCAUAGCUCAAAUAAUAGAAUUUAUAGCAAUAGAGUCCUUAGUUUUAACAAAUGAAUUUUUAUGAGGAAAAAAAGACUGCUGUAACCAAUAGCAAUAAUAAGGCAUAAUCUAAUGUGAAAAGAAAGAAGUCAAGCUAAAAAUAAUUAUAAGAUCAAGAUGAUGAGUCAGUGACUGAUAAAAGCAUUGAGAUUAUGGAAAGUGAUACAGAUAAUAAAUCAGUGAAGUCUAAGAAUCCCGCCAAGGGAUUUGCAAAGUAAAAAGCAAUAGAAGUUCAUAAUAUGGAUGAGCAUCAAAAUAAUCACGAUGAUGAUGAAGAGGAAAAUAUUCUUGAUACCAAUCCAGAGAACUAUCUGAUUGAAAAGACAUAAAAGAAGAGAUUGUCAUAAAAAGCUGAGAAUUUUUUCAAAUUUGAUUAUGAAGAUGGGGAAAUCCCAGAGCACAUUCAACAUCAAGAGGAACAUGGCUUAAAUUGGGAUGAAUUGGAUCAACUUAAUGAAUACUUUAGGACUAAGAAGCUAAAACAUUAGAAGAGAAGAAGAAAGUCAAUGAAGUAUCUUAGAGCAAGAAACCUAUUCUUUACUAGUAGAUGGUACAUGAUGUUUCAUUUCAUUUAAAACGUCCUCUUUUGGCUAGUCAUCCUGGUAUUUCCAACUAUUUCAGUAAUUGGUUGUGAUGGAGGGCACAAAUGGAUGUCGCAUGUAGCUAUGGCUUUUUACUUAGGGUUGUUCCUAAUAUUUGACACAGUUUUCGCAUGCUAGUAUAUAUCUAGAGAAAGUGCAAGAUUUGAUCUCAAAUCAUACAACAAGGGCAAGUAUUAUAGACAAGGAAAGUGCUGUUUUAUGUUUACUGUUUACUUGAAAUGCUUUUUUGAAAUACUCAUGACAUAGAUUGGUUUAUUUGACCUUUACACAGAUAUGGCGUUUGCUACAUUAGUGCAGAAGGAGGAAUUCUAAACUUUAGCCUUAGUAUCGAUAUUUUCAUUAGUCCUUAUUGCCAUUCCUAAGAUGUACUCAUUCGCGUUAUUACUGAUGAUGUUGUUUGGCUAAGUAAGGGAGCAAGAUAAAAAGAGAAAAUAUGCUACUAGGAUAAUGAUAUUUAACGAGUUUAGAAUGUAAGCAGCCUGCAUUGACUACAUCACUCAUUAAAAGGCUAAGACUGAUCUCUUUUACGGACUCUAUAAGCUAUUCUUUGAAGACAUCCCAUAAUUCAUUGUAUAAGCUAUUUUCCUUGUGAAUACAGAUUGUGGAAGAAAAUAUCCUAAUGGUAUCAUCUAUGCAGGAAUUUUAAUGGCACUAUUCAACACAUACUUUGGAAUGCUUUAUAGAUUCUCCAGAUAUUGCUACUCAAGAAAGAGGUUGCUUGCAUACUAGCAGAAAGUAGAAAUUAAGAUUUCUAAUCUUUCAUUAUCUGCUUAUGGAUUCAGAAAUAUCAGAGGCAGAAUACAUUACAAUAGAAAAGCAUAGGCUCUUAACUUUACUGGGCAAAAUUAUGAGUAUAUGGCUCUCGAUGAGUAAGGCAUUAAGAAAUAUGUUAGCUUCAUGGAAUCAUUUCCAAAGAAGGAUAGAAUAGAAUUUGUAGACCUAAACAAGAUGAAGUUUGACAAUAUCAGGUAUGUCAAACAACUAUUUUAAGGAAUCGAUAAAAAUUUUAAGGAACUUAGAUAUAUGACAAUACAACAGUGUUUCCUUAGCAAGUCAUUCAUACUUUAACUGAAGAACUUUUUAGAUGGCAAUGACUCUCUCGCCAGGAUUUCAUUCGUCAUGAAUUAAAUGCCAGAGGAUGAUGUGUAUUGGACUAUUGAGACUUGUUUAGAGCACCCUAACCUUGAAAUAAUCUAGAUUGCUGAGAGAUGGGUAAAAAGUGUUUCCUUAGACGAGGGAAAAAGCGAAAAGGAAAAAGCUAUACUUGAAAGACCUACUAAUAUUUCAAUUUGCAGAGGAAUCUAUAUAAGGCUUUAGCAAAAUGAGUCCUUAAAAAUACUAGAAAUCAGAUACCUGACUCUAAGCAGGAAUGUUUUACAAGCGAUUUUUAAGGGAUUGUAAAAAAAUAAGCACUUGCUAAGGUUAGUGCUUACCAAUGAUGCUCUGAAACUCGCAAAUUAACACGAGUUCCAGCUUUUAGGAGAAGCCAUCAAAUUAAACUAAGUUUUAAAGCACAUUGAUCUAUCUUUCAACCAAAACUUUGAUAGUAGUUUAGCAUUCAAUUCAGAAAUUACUGACUCAUUAAUAAAUACACCUAAUACACCUUUACAAAGAAUAGAUAUCACAACUAUCUCUCACGAGAUAAUGGCUACUUAUUUGGGUUUAAUGGAUCAUAACCCAAUAGUAUCAGUAUUUGUAAAGGGAAAGUUACUUGAAGAUGUUGAUAUUCAAGAUGAUUGA